AGAUCGGCUUAAACCAGCUGAUCAGCAGUAAAGGUUGAGUUGCCAUGGGUGGAGGUCACAGUAGAGUGAACGCCGCGAACUUGCCAAUUCCUCCUCCUCGGUGUACAUUGAUUCCUGCCACUGACCCGCGCCUGCACUUCCGUGGCCGACAUGUGAAGAAGGAGGGCUGCAUAUACUUCGACUGGCCAUGCACCAGCUUCAAGCUUCAAGUUGCUUCACGUCGGGUGUGGCUUCGCAUGGAUGGUGCCAGAAACUAUUUCAACAUCCUCAUCAAUGGAAUCUUGGUGUGCGUCCUGAAGACGCACUCGGACGUCCGAGACUACUUGAUGCCUUCCCCCGAGCCCGCGAGCGAAGCCAGCUAUAUCCUGGAGGUGCAGAAGCGCAGUGAAGCCAAGAUUGGAUCCCUGACGCAGAAGCCAACUUCCGUGGUGCACCUGCAUGGCAUCAUCUUGGAAGACUCCGGCUCGCUUGAAGAGCUCCGCUUGGAGGACACCCAGAGCUCAGUCCGCUUGGAAUUCUUGGGGGAUUCCGAGACGUCAGGUUUCGGGAAUCUGGGGCCCAGUCAACCUGGCGUGCCUGGCCUCAAGUCCAUGUUGACCAUGAAUGUAGCUCAUCAAGAUGCCAUGAAGGCAUGGCCUGCGGUGGUGGCGGAGGCCUUUGAUGCAGAUUUUCAUAGUAUCUCUUGGAGCGGUGCUGGAGUCCUAUGGAAUGCUCCAGGCUGCUCGGCCGACGCCAACUUCUUGGGCUUGUAUAGUCGAAUGCUGGGAGCUUCCGAGGACGUCAAGAUUGAUCAUGAGUGGCGGCCGGAUGCGAUUGUGAGUUACCUGGGUGGAAACGAUUGGUGGUCUUUGGCUCAGCAUGGUGACGAGGCCCUCAUCAGAGGCUUCCAAGAUUUUCUGAAGCACUUGAGAGAACUCAGAGGUCCAGGUGUCAUCAUUCUUGUUCUUCUGGCCGCGCCCAGCUCGGUUUGCGCUUGUAUUGGUAGCCUCGAGGAUCAGGCCACCUUUGCGGCUGACAUGUCGCGCUGCUGGCGCGCAGCAGCAAGUGCAGCCAACGAAGGGGAGGAUCCGAAGGUCUUUUUGGAGGUCGUGGAGCCAAAGCCUCCAUGCUCCCUGUCCGAAGCCGCCGAUUGGGGCCACAUGGGUCACUGGUCUGUGCAAGGAAAUGCCAAGUGGGCUGCUGCAGUGAUUCCCAUCCUUCAGAGGCGCUUAGGAUGGACCGAACAGCUUCUAAAGAUGUCUGAGGAUGGACCAUCCCUCGAGGGAUCCAAUGGAUCAGAGGUUUGAAAAAGUGAACCUGGCCGUAGGUCUUGACUUUUUGUGGCCGCCAAAGUGCGGUUUGUUCAUAAAGAGCUAGUUUCGAACAGAGGCUCUGCAGCUUGGCCAAGAGUACAGGAGCGCCAGUGAUUGAAAAGGCCUGCUGAAACUUCAAGGUUCUUUCGGGAAU